AUGGAGCAGUUAGCUGACGACAUGCUCGCCGACGUCCUGGGCCGUCUCCCGCCCAGCAGCCUAGCGGCGUCACGCUGCGUCCGCAAGCACUGGUGCUCCAUCAUCGACGGCCGCCGCCUCCUGCGCGCCGACCUCCUCCCUCUCCGCCUCGACGCCUUCUACUGCAUCAGCCUCGACUGCAUCGAGCGGCUGACGUAUCUCUUCGCACGCCCCCCGGCCGCGGCGCGUCGAAUCCCCGGCGGCCCCCUCGACUUCUUGGAACAUUACUCCUCUCUGGAAGUCGGGGAUCACUGCAACGGUCUGCUCUUGGUGUGUGACUGCAUGGUGAUCAACCCUGCCACACGGCAAUGGGCCGAAUUGCCUUCCUCCCCGGAACCAUCCAUUGGCGACAUGCUUGGUGGGGUCAGCGUCUGGGCCGGGACGACGGCGGAUCAGGAGAACGACGACCACAGCUUUUUGUUCCGAAUGGUGAGAUCUCCAGCAACACGGAGCAAACUUGGCGCUGAGAGUGCUACCUUUUACUUGGGAAAAUCAGAGAAAGGGGUGUACUUUGCGUUACUUUAUUGGGUCUCUAACACGGAGCGAACUUGUUGGUGCUGCCCCCAGUUUCGAGUCUGGUUGCUUAAGGAGGAGGAAGAGAUGAAUGAUGGAAAUCACUGCAGUAUUCACAUGGAGUGGGUGUUGAAGACUACCAUCAGCCUUGAACCGCUGCUAGCAAAACCUCCUCCUCCUCUUCACAGUCGUCACAGCUUUGCUGAUGAUGAAUGGAGCGUCAUCCGUAACUAUAACGAGGAAUUGGAAGCACCACCUGCUGCUGCUGCUGCUGCUGCACAGGAUCAUGACGACGAGUUUGCUGCUGAUGAUGAAUGGGACUUCGACAAUGCUGAUGAGGUUGUCCAUGAAGCCAACAAAGAUAAUAAGGCCGAAGCAGACGGGCACUACCCUGUUGAUUUCCUCGGAUUUCAUCCUUACAAAGAGAUUGUCUUCUUUUCCUUAUCAUCAAGGACAAUAUCUUAUAAUUUGAAUACCUCAAAGGUUCAACACAGUUGGGCGGCCGCAUCCACAUACCGGUGGGCAUGA